CCCCUGCCUCAAAGUUCAGGUAUGUAAAGUGCCAGUAAACAAGCGAGAAGUCCUUACUUUCAAUGCUUGGCGCUUACUACAAUCUAUAUAGUGCCCACGUCGAAACCGCCGACGCUCAUACUGUUCUCACGUUACCUCAAUCCUGCACAGAAUCUAGUGGUCGCCAGUCAGAGGAUGAAAGAAAAUGCCUUUGGAAGUCUACAAAGUUGCAUACAAGCUUGCCCUGGCCGAUCCCGACAUUCCAGGACCACGAUACCACACCGUCCUCUUCGUUCGAACAAAAACCAAUGGCGACGGCAUCGUCCAUCACGUGACUGGAGACAUCGUUUCGGGCAUGCAGUACCAGUCUAGACCGGCCAAAAGACCCGAAGACUCCCAGACGUUCCAUAGCAAAGAGCUCCUUGGUGUGGUGGAGCCAACAGAUUAUCCCGGUGUGUUUGAUCAAACGUGCCGGCAGCAGCCUCCACCACCGAGGCAGAAGAGGUUCAAUCCGGCCACCCACAGAACAGAGCAGAUGAAGCCAGACGGGUCAUUUUACGAACAAGGUGAAAUGAGAUCUCCAAUGGUCAAGUGUACGGAAUGGACAGAAAGGCAGGCGAUUCCCGCCCUGUUACAAAAUGGCAUAAUCAAGCCGCGUUGAAAACGAAGUAUCUCAAGGAUAGGGCUGUUCGAGAGAGAAAUGUGGACUGACUGUCCGCACAUUGUUGGAUUCAUUUUGUCGGACGAAGUAUGUAUCGAUGGUCCAGACCCAUCAUCACCAUGGACCUCCCUGUGGACCUCAUCGUUACGAAUGUGAAUUUCCAGGGGGCUUUGUCUGGUGACCAAAAGUUCCUCAAUUUGCGUGAUGCUCAUGGACAUAGCCUAGGACCCUUGAGCAGUUCUUGGGCCGUUACGCGCUCCUCUGGCAACCAUGGAAGUAUUCUUUUCAACGAAUGGAAGGAACAAUCUCAGGUUCUCGUUAGAAAUUGUGAUGAUGGUAUAUUUUGGAUUGAUCUCAUUUUUGGUUCCAAGGAGAAUGUUAUUAGACUUCA